AUGAAUAUAAUAAUACAACUUCAAAUCUGGCUCAUGCUAACAUCUGUAAUUUUUGCGAUUCAAAUAUUUUCCGAUCAUGGUACAACUCUGACAUCUGCAAGUGAAAAUUACACUGAUAAGCGAGAUAUAUUUCCACACGAAAAUGAGGCUUGCAUUGGACCAGAAUGCGAAAAUAACAACAAUAAUAGUCCUACUCCUUCUUCGCAACAAGAACAAAAUACUAUGACUGGGAAAAAUACAAAUAGCAGCAAGCAGAAAGCUUCCAGUAUUGCCCAAAAAGCUGCCCAAGAAGCAAAAGCCGCUUCCGAUGCACAGGCAGUGGCUGGGCAACAGGCGGCACAUCAGGUUAAAUCACAAUUGGCCGAGAAAGCUCUUCAAGCGGCUAAAGCUGCAGAAGCUGCACUAGCAGGAAAACAGGCAAUCGUGGAGCAACUAGAACAAGAAGUGCGUGAAGCAGAAGCGGUCGUACAAGAAGAAAGUGCUUCGUUGCAGCAGUGUCAGGCCAAUGUGAAUGCAGCCAUCCAAGCAGCGCAGCAGGCAAAUACGCAACUGAAAACAUUGACCGGAGCAGUGCAGAUGGCACAAGCAAAUGUGGGUAACUCAGAGCAGGCGGCGCAAGGAGCACAGCAACAACUGUCUGAAAAGACACAGUUGAUGGAAGCAGCAAAAAACCGAGUAGAACAGCUUCUUAGACAACUGAGCAGUGCAAGGACCGACUAUGCCAAUACUAAGACUGCCGCUUACAAAGCGUCUGCGGCCGCCCACGAAGCCAAGGUUAACGCAUCCCGAAAUCGUAGAGCAGUUAAAGAAGAACGCGAUCAGUUUCCUUCUAAGCAUCCUUCAUGCAAAGGCUGCACUGCAAAACGCAAGAAGGUUAAGAAUCUCAAUAAACAAAAUGAAGAUGCUUAA